UCUUUAAUCCCACUCAAAUAAUCAGUUGUUCCAAACCCCUUUAUCUAUCAGACUCAACAAUUUAAGUUGAUGGGACACCUUGAGAAUGUUUAAAUUUUUUAAAUUUUGUUAAAGUGUGUAAACAUCAAGCUUCUGCUCUGGUGUGUGUGGUCUUCAGUUAAAAAUUCUGGCUGUUCAACGGAAUGUAUCUGCUGCUGUUCAUUUCAUUCUGCCUCAGUUUCUGUUCCAUUGUGCUGAGUGCAGCAGUAACACCUCCAUGUAGUGCUGUAUACAGGGGCUUUGCUGAUUGUCUGGUCAGUCUUGGUGACAGUGUGAGCUCCAAGACUGACCACCCACAGGACAUCAACUCUAUCUGCAAAUCAUGGGAUGCCUUCCAGGUGUGUGUGAGUGAUGUGCUGUCAGGUUGCCGUGGUGAUGCAGCAGAGAUUUGGGAAUCUUUGAGGGCAGAGUCCCGGAAAACAACAUUUGCUGGGAACCUCUAUGAGAUGUGUGGCAGACGUACCGAGGCUGUCACUGCAACCACUCCUCAGGGUCUUCCCAGUACUGGUCAAACCAAUCAAGAAACCCUCAAAGGACUUGCUCAUUCUGUCAAAGACUCAGGCAGCACAGAGCUGCUACUAACAUGUUUCUCUCUUCUCCUGCUUCUGCUUUGGAUGUAGAGCAUCUCUUUAACUAAGCUGGACUGAUGCCAUUGC